GGAAUUCCGGGACGUCAGACAAGAUCCUAAGCCUGAUGACGUAACCCAGUGACAUCACUCACCCCUCCCCCCCUCACCUUUCCUCUGGCUCUGCACUGCUCCGAGUGUGUUUACACGUUAACGGGAAAAAAAAGAUGGACGCCGGACUAUCCGCCGCGGCCGUAUCCGCCGGCGUGACGAGGGAUCUCCGAACAGGAAGUGACGUCGUUGUCAGAUAAGACGAGCGAAUCUCAACUCGGCGUCUUCAUCUGUUUUGUGAAUUCUUUUGUUUCGCUGCCUUGUUAUUAAUUAUUGUUUUUCGUUUCGUCCACGUAAGGUUUACGUUCAGACACACCGCCGUACCUCAUGAUCUUAGCACUCAUUUUCUGUAACACUAACAACAAACCUUUUCUUAUUUUUAAUUUUUUAAUCACAUGAAUAAUCCAGCAACUUUUUAUUUAUAACGCCAGACUUUUAUUUAUUAGUGUUUACUCCGUCCUUAUUUGUUUCUGUUCUCGUACACCGAGUCCAAGUCGAAGCCUGGAAGACGCCGUUGUUUUCUGUUAAAUGUCAUUUGUUUGUCAGUAUUUUUUGCUUCCGGCAAUAAAGUAAGUGCAAUCAGGGAUCAAUCUACCUGCUGACUUCAAGCUUUUUAAAUCUAGGCACCAAAAAAAAAAAAAAAACACACACACACACGUCCUUUGACUACAACUGCUGUCUGGGGUUGCUUUUCUGUCCAAAUGCUGUGUAUCUGAAACUCUAAUGAGGAACGUCUUCAUGUGACUCGCGCACCACAACCUAACCACAGGCACUGACUUCUUUACUACAUCCGCUGCUCCCAGACUCGCUGUUCAUGAAGGCAGGUUCACUUUUAAAAAUCGUAGCAAAAACAAAUUAAGAUCUUCGUCUUUGUCUACUGACGUUUGCUUUAACAAAAACCAGGAGACUGACAGCACAAGCUUCUGGGGGGAAAAAACGUCCAGACGUCGGCUGACGAAGGUGAACUAACCUCGCGCGAUCUUCCGUCCAGACGUCGGACACCUGUUCAAACACCUGCUGAAUCUGUGGAAGAGCUUGAAAACCAAAGUGGAUUCUCAAAACAAGCCCGUGAAACGCAAUAUUUACAAAGACGCUGUUUACGAGCCGCACACGUCUGUAGCCAGAAACUUGCAUAUGUGAAGGAGAGUUCUGAGAAUGAAGUUUUUUCUGAAUGAUUGAAAAACAAAAUAAAAAAAUCUGCGGGAGUUCUUAAACAAAAACAAACAACAAGCGCUUUCCCAUAUUCAUGAAGUCCUGGGAAGAAAAAACGGGUUCAUCAAAGAUUCUGAGAAGUGACUGAGAAAAUUUGCUCUGGAUACAACAAUUGCAGCCGUUUUUGUUGAACAACUUUUGCGUUAAAAUUAUCCGAAAGGUUUUUUUUUUUCAGCUUGGUAACGGUUUUUGAAAUCCGAAUUUGUUUGCUCACGUCGACCAAUCAGUUCAAAGUGUUUUCUGGGGAUGGAUUACGCACCAUGAGCCAAUAAUAUUCGCUGACGAGAGACGGCUGUCAGAAUGCGCUCUCCGAGUCCUCGAAGCCCGUCCCCGAACUCCUCGUCCACUGAGGAUGCUUUGCUGCACGGGCAGUUCACGGACUGGAGCGCCGGAGGAAGCUCGGGCGGGAGCUCGGGAGGGAGCAGCAGCGGUGCCGACAGUGGGCCGAGUAGCCCUGCAGGCAGCCUGUCAUUACCCUCCAGCCCUUCAUCGUGUACUUACGCCCUCACUCUGACCUGCACUCAUAUCCACGUGCAGAGGAUUUGUCCCCGACCAGGAAAGGAAGGCCGAGUCGUGCUGCCUCUGUCUGAGCUGGCGGGGUGUAACUGCCCCCGGGUGCCUGCCCCGCCGCUGUUUGUGCUCUAUUGGUACCCAAUGGGGCGGCGGCGCAGGGGCGUGGCUAAACGCAGGCAAGUGCGCGCUUACCUGGCUGAGAGCAGAGCGGAGGCGGAGAAAUGGAAUACAGCCGUGCAGUGCCUGCUGAGAGGGAUCGACAUCAGCGUCUACACAGAAUUCAACAAAAGCUUGUUGCCCCGCCCCCGCCGCUUGCUUCUAUUAGUCAAUCCAUUCAGCGGGCGGGGUUUGGCAAUGCAGUGGUGUCAGACACACAUCUUACCGAUGAUCAGUGAAGCCAACAUCAGCUACAACCUCAUACAGACAGAGCGUCAGAAUCAUGCCCGCGAGCUGAUCAGAGAGAUUUCUCUCCACGAGUGGGACGGCAUUGUCAUCGUUUCUGGAGAUGGACUGCUUCAUGAGGUGAUUAAUGGCCUCAUGGACAGGCCAGACUGGGAACAAGCAAUUAAAACUCCAGUGGGAAUUUUACCAUGUGGCUCUGGCAAUGCACUCGCUGGCUCCGUUAACUACUAUGCAGGAUAUGACAUGUGCCUUCGUGAGCCCCUCCUCAUCAACUGCUGCUUUGUGCUUUGCCGGGGCGGAGUCCGACCCAUGGACCUGGUGUCCGUGACAACAAGCCCGCCUCCGCCGUCUGCUUCAUCCGAUCAGAACGGACGACCCUCAUCACCCAAAAGACUAUUUUCUUUCCUGUCUGUAGCUUGGGGCUUUGUUUCAGACGUGGACAUUGAGAGUGAGCGUUACAGAGGGCUCGGUUCUGCUCGCUUCACGCUGGGCACACUGGUGCGUUUAGCAUCUCUGCGCUCCUAUAAGGGUCGGUUGUCUUAUUUGCCCCCCGGAGGGGCAAACUCAACCCCGGACGUCCCCUUGCAGACGCCGCAUCGACCCCUUUCCCGCAGCAUCACUGAAGGCCUAGAAGGAUACUGUAGAAUGCCAAUCCAUCGCACCUGCUCUGAUAUGGGCCUCAGCGAACAGAGGAGCCUCCAAAAGGGGGACAGAGAGAGGGAAAGGGAGGAGAGGCAGAGAGAGAGGAUGAGGAGAAGAGGAAGAACAAGAGGGGGAGGAGUGGUGAGGGCGAGCAGUCUUGCUGAGGACAGAGAGAGGGAGUUGGAGGCGGAGGAGAGGAUGGAGGGAAUCUCAAGUGCAGACUCAAACGGACGACUGGAAUCUAACGAGGAGGAGGAAGAAGAUGACAGUACGAGAAAUGUGACAGAAGAGGAAUAUGAUGUAGAUGAAGGGAAAGAGGUGGAGGAGAGGAUGGAGGGCAUGUCCAGAUCUAGUACAGAGUCAAGCGAAAGACUGGACUCUGAGAGGAAUGAGAAUAUUUCCACGAACGAAGAAGGAGAGAACGAGAGAUGGAAUGGUGUGGAUCGAGCGAGGAAUUUGAGAGAAGAUAAUAGUGCAGAUGAAGGAAGGGAGGAGGAGGAGGAGGCAUAUUCAAACCCAGACCAGCGCAAGACUCUUCGGAAAAAUUCCGCCCCAUCCAGCCAGAUCGCUACCGCCUUCUUUAGCCGGCCAAUCGGAGCAGAUUCCGAACAAGAAGUAGAAACACCAGCAUAUGAAAGGGAAGAUAAGGACCUGAACGGGACUUUUUUCCACCGUAACGCAUUUCCAGUGGACCCUGCACGAGAGCGAGCACUCACCAUCUCCUCGCCAUUCCGUCGUUCACGGUUUUCCCUUUCCAAACCCAAAACCUCAGUGGACCAGAACCAGAAGUCAAGUGUGUCUAAGCCCCGCCCCCUUUCCCUACUUCAACAAUCCAAUUCUAACUCCCUACCACCCAAAUUCCCCCCGCUAUCUUUGGCUCUUUCCCCAUCCCCUCCUUCAUCACCAUCCAAUAUGGGCCUGCCAAGCUCCACCUCCUCAUCCUCCUUUGCCUUUGACCUGGUCCAACCUGGUAGGCUUCUUAAGCCCCGCCCCCCAGUUACCUCCCCUGUGGACCCGCCCCCUCAAGAUGACCUCUUGCCUCCCCUCGAUCAGCCACUGCCUACCCGAGACUGGGUGACUAUUGAAGGUGACUUUGUUCUGGUUCUUGCUAUCUACCAGUCACAUUUGGGUGCUGAUUUGUUAGCAGCUCCACAUGCAAAAUUUGACGAUGGACUCAUUCACCUGACUUUUGUGAGGGCCGGGAUCUCCCGGGCAACGCUUCUCCGCCUUUUCCUGGCAAUGGAAAGAGGCACCCAUCUUUCUCUAACGUCACCUUAUGUGAGCCAUGUUUCUGCUCGAGCGUUUCGGCUGCAGCCCCUAUCGCCACGGGGGACGCUGACUGUGGAUGGAGAACUCGUGCCCUAUGGACCCCUGCAGGCACAGAUCCAUCCAUCCAUGGCUCGCGUUAUCGUGGGAGACUCAGGAGUGAAGAUCACUAGAUUCUGACCUGAAAUGUGGGCGGAUUAUUAUACACACUUUGCAUUGCAUAAUAACUAUGUUGUCCACUUUUGAGAGAGAGGAAGAAACACUGAGGAAUAAAAAAUAGCAAGCAGCUUCAAUAAAAGCAAUAGCUUUUAAUUAACUUUAUUUAAAAGGGACUACUGGAUCACCAGUGAGUUUAAUAAAGAGAUGACAACGGGACACUAAGCUACACGUGGGAAAAUAACUACUGCUAAAUAUAGGUGAACACGACUGAUUGAAUCUCUUUAAAAGAGAGAUGAGCACCCCAGUGUCUAGUUUCCAUUGGAGUAGAUGAUGAAGUUUUCCUGCCUUAUUAUAGACAAAAGAAAAACUUUUUAGUCAAACACCAGUCUGCCAUCCUCACUUCUGACCUUGUGAAAUUCUCUGGCCUACACCCAACACCCUGGUUUCCUUGUCUCUUUUCUCAACAUCAGUUGGCCAAGUUCCUCUUAUUUUGCCCCAUCCCUUACAUUUCCAAAGUUCUGCUUCCUCUGUGAUCAGUUUGGGGGGGUGUCCCAAUCUGUCAAACUUCACCACCUUUUUGUGGCUACUUUCUCUUUUCCUGGCUCUUCUUCCUCAUUGUUUCCUUUAUCCAAUUUAAUGCCACUUCCCACACUUGCCAAAACACUCAUUCCUCAUCUGAUCUUGCAGAAUAAAUGAGCCUCUCAAAUCCUGCUCCAGGCUGCUCCUAGUAUCUCCAAUUUAGAGUCAUUCACCAGUCAGCCAAGCUUUGCCCCCUUCCCCGGUUAAUUCACAGAACCUUUUGUCCCUUUUUUUUGGUUUUACCCCAUCUUUCCUCGCUGCCCAGUUUGCGGCUGCAUCCCAAACUGCCAAGUGCCUCCUUCUCUUCCUUUUUGCCACAAAUCCUGCUUCCGCUUCCUUUCCCUGCCAAUCCUUGAUGCCUGUUUACUUGCUGCCAAAUUUUGGACCAGGUCCUAACCUACCAAACCCCUCCUCACACAGAACACUACCUUUUACCUUGCAGAACCAGUUGGCCCUCUGAAACGCCAUGUGACAUAGCCACACCCAUUUCAGGGUUGGGUAACCAACGAGCUAAGGUGACUAGACCCAUUUGGGCAGCAAUUUUUUAUGCCACUCAGAAUCCUGCAACUGACGUUUGCUAGGGGCAGAAGCAUCUUGGUUGCAAUCUUCCAGCUUCUUCACGUGAUACUUUAAUAUUGCAACCAACUAAUGCAAGACCUCUUUUAGUAUAAUCUCCGUUCGAGCCUUUUAGUAAUUUGCAUUCACGAGGACCAUAGAUAAAUAUAUGUGCGUACUUAAUGACGUCUUGGGUAACCUAUGAUCAAGCGUAGUCUGGGGUGUUAGGUGAGCGUAGCUCACUAUUAGGCAUGUGUCAAUAAUCACUCGUACGGAAUCAUGAUAUAUUGUAAAAUGCACCUUGUUAGUAAGGACACUUGGCGCUCAUGUUGUGCACUACAUUAUUUAAAGAAUAGGGAGCUAUCUAGUGCAUAUCAUGUAACAGGCACCAUAAAGACAGCGGUCUUCUAAAGGACCUUACUUUGGUCAAAUUUGAAAGUGUCCUUAUUAAAGAAGGCAGUCCUAUCAUUUUGUUCACUAAGAUGAAUAAAAGGUCUGAAAAGAAUUAUUGCUUUUAAACAAUAAUACCGUAAUCUUUGAUAAUCAGCACAUGCCUAGUCGUUAUAGGAUGCAGCCAUUCGAUGGCGAUCUAAAUAUCUUUAAUAGUGCAUUUGCCUGAGUGUUUAAGCAAAAAAGCAUGCAAAGCUGAUGUUCCUGUGAGGUAAUGCAAGUUGCACAAUUGCUAAAUUUUAAUAUCAUUCAUUCUUUUUCUUUUUUUAUAGCAAAUUUGGAAAAUCCACCCAAGCAUUCAAACUUUUUUGCUAAAAAAAAAACAAACGUUUAACUACUUGUUUAAUUUAUUCAUUUUAUUAAUGCAUUCUGCAUUUGAGAUUUAUGCUCGUGAGGAAUUGUUGAAAUAUGUUUAUUUAAAAAAUAAGUAAAUAAAAGCCCUAAUAAGAGAAUAAAAGCUUAAAUAGGUUAAAAAUGUGAAUAAUAUAUAAUAAUAAUACUUUUUCCCAUACAAAAAAAUCAAACACAAAUUGACAAAUCUAAGACGUAUCAAAUGACAUAUUUAUUACUUUCAUAUUUAUUAAUUUUUUUAAAUUCCUGACAAAAGAAAGGGACACUUUGAGCAAGAAUAAAUAUUAGUUUCAAAUUUUGUGAACAGAAAAUGUACACAAUGUUCCUCAGACGUUUUUGGCGUCUGAUGUUCAGGUUUGCGUUGGAGCUGCAAGGCCAGCGUCGCUAAGAAGUGGCUACUUGUUUCAAACAAUGUUAACAAAUCUACGUCAUUUAAUUUCUGUGGAAACAAGUGUGUAAAUUGUGACGUCUGACAAGAUUUUCCUGGCAGCUCUGGCGUUGAACUAAAGACGCAAACUUGGCUGAUUUGCAUUUGGGGGGAACAGGAAAGGUGUAUAGUUUAGGGGUUUUUUUUAAGUGGACUCCUGGAAUCCUGGACAUGUUUUUCUUAGCGCUGGGCUGGGUUUCAUUUCGUUUCGGUGGACCAUUGCUUCAGAGCAGCAUAAGACACUUCAGUGGUAAUUGAACUGCUGCUUGGUUUCAUGAUGCCAGUUAUGAUGUCUUGUUAAAUAGAUGCUUGUAAUAAACUUGUAAUUAUCACUAAUAGUCAAUGUUAAAUAAAAAGAAUAUAUAUAUAUAUAUA